GCAGCGAUGUCCUGUUUGACCGCUCUCGAUUCGCAGAUCGUUUCUCUGCUCUCCGUGCCGCACGAGAUCCUCUUCCUGCAGCACAAGGUAUUUCGAGAGUAUGCCAAGAUUGCCGUUGGCCCGGACUUCAUCCACACCUUGCCCUCGUUUUUAAUUCUGACCUCUAUGGCGAUCGUUCUGUGGAGGAAUCCACCGUGUUGCAACGGGUUAGCCGAAAGCGUAGCCUCGACGAUGGUCUACAAAGGACUUCAGCUGCUGGUCAGCUGGGUCGUCGCUAUCGCGGUUUUCUGGCUCUGGCUGAUGAUGCAGAGGCUGCUCUACUGCUGCGUCUGGACGUCUUGGGGUUACGAAUCCGAAUAUCGAGACGUCUCUUAUCAGUGGUGGCAGCAAGUUUGGUCAUCCUAUUAUCCUCCGCCGUCGCAACCACCGGCGAUGUCAGCUGGUUUGAUCAGCUGGUUGAUAUCGAUGUCGAUCGCCACAACUGUCUUAGGCUGCGCGAUUUCCGCGAAUCGAGUGUGCAACUUGGUCACGGAAUCUAUGGCUGGAGCAAAAGAUGCGCUCGUGAUUGUGAAACGUUAUGCAAAGUCAUGCUUCAAGAGUGUCGUAACGUCCGUACUGCAACUACACUGGCCGCAACAAGAGCCCCUGCUAAUCGAGAAGAAGAUGAACGCGCCGAUGAACGACAGCGAAGCCAGUUGCAUCUGCGACGAGUGUCGAUCCGAGAUCUCGAGCGACCUGAUCAACGAAUCUCGAAGAGAAAUCCUGCCGAUAUCCUACGGCACGAACUGGAUGCCAAAGCCGAGUUUCUCCGGCUACAAGGACGCUCAGAGGAAAGCGUCCAUGAAGUCUCUGCACACGGUAGCCGUGGUGAACGACAUCCAGGACUCCGACGACUUAUCGCCCCGACAAUUGCGUUACAAACGCGGCUGUCACACGGUGAUACCUAACAACUCGAGCGACCAGUCGAGCGGCUGCUGACGAACAGACGACUAAGCUGCGCGUCGUUGAAUGGCCGACUUAAAGGUGCUGUUGUACGAUAAACGGUGUUGUUAAACGAGAUCCGAUAUCCUGGCUGGCAAUGGAAAAUUUUGACCGAUCGAAUCUCUGGGUCGCUGUUGAUCGGACGGGAGCCUGAAUAUAGAAAUCAAUUUUUAUACGCGAAGAUUAACAACGACGUACCUGUGACGAGUAAAUCGGAAUGUUUAUGAGCGCAUUGCGUGCUCAGGAUGGAUUCGACUGGCUACAGGUUCGGGAGACGUGGUGCGAAUUGGGUCGCUACGCGCGUUUCUCCAAUGACACGCCAAACGACCCGGUUCCAAGGGUAUGAAUAAAGGGGAAGUUCGAUAGACGUUCAUGGUUGUGGGGUAGGAAAUGGACAAGUUCAGCUGCAAGGACGCCGAUGGUCGUAUAUUUUUUAAUACAGACGCAGAAGGAUAGCACAGU